CCCUACCAAGCUGCCGUACUCUUUGUUCAAUUUUCUGGUUCCUUGGCCCACUCCUUUUUCCUACACUCCAGGUGAGGCCGGACCAACACCUGUAGUAGCUUCUGCCGACAACCUCUGUCUUAUCCACUCCUUCUUCUUCUUCUCGAGCAGACCAUAACCAUGGCAUCUGAAGACGACUUUAAUCCGGAUUCUUCCCGUCGUAAUUACCGCGCCCCAUAUACUGCUCAUCAUCCCAUUCCCACAAUCCAGAAGUACAAGGCCAAUCGAAGUGAAUUGGAGGGCCAACAGAAACAGGCAGAGGAAGCCCAGAAGGAAGAUGGUGAUGAUCCAAAUUACAAAAGAGCCUACCAUGCGGCCAAGGGCAUUCUAAAAGGCGAGGACCCGCCACAAUCAGGUCAUGAUCCGUACAAGGCCGACAACAGAAAUGUUGCAAAAGAACAAAAUGGCCGGAACGGGACAGGUGGCUAUGACCAGACCAUACGUCAAUCGCAGCAACUUCAGACGCAAGGUGGCGAUACUCCUCACAAGUCUGCAGACCAAGGCUCUGAAGCCACUCAUUCGGACAAGAGAAAGGGCAAAGACGAAAAGUCUGCAACGGAAAAGGCUGCAGGACAUUCUGAUCCUCGACAGAAGCGGAAGGACAUGAAGCAUAGAUCUCGCAAUGAUGGCGGCCGAGAAGUCACGGAUCCAGUCACCCAUCUCCCCAUUAUCAUUCGCGACUCGACUGUCAAAGACCUGAAAUCCGCCCCUGAGAACGAGCCCAGCCCUGGCUCGCUCCCAAGAACAAGCACCGGUCCGUCCGGGGCAUCCAAGUCUAACGACCAACUCGACAAGGAGAAAUCUGAGUUACAGCGCAGUCAUGAUGGAAUGCAUAGGCUGUUUCCACCGCCCGACUUCGAUGACCUAAAGGUUGAAUUGACCAAGACGUACCAACAGGCCUUGACCAUUGGCUUGGGAAGUGUGGUGCUUUUGGUGUCUGUGGCAUUGGUCGCUGUGCAAGUCUUGGGUUUAGAUUUUGGCGAGCAGAAAGGCAAAACCACAUCGCUUCUACACUCCACAGUCCCCGCCGUCGCAAUCUUGUCUUCAUCCGUUGGAAUUGGAUUCGCCGUCGUCUUUGCUCUUCGGAGUUGGCUGGGAAAGAAGGUUGAAGAAGUCUGGAAAGACGAGGUAUGGGAUGCCGCAAGAUCUGAAGAGAUCGAAACCAAUCGACAGGAAAACUUGGUACCCGAAUCUGUCUCCUGGUUGAACAAUCUUCUUGCGUCCGUGUGGCCCCUGAUCAAUCCGGACCUCUUCACCUCCAUGUGCGAUAUGCUUGAAGAUGUUAUGCAGGCUUCUCUUCCCAGGGUCAUUCGCAUGGUCAGUGUAGACGACCUAGGCCAGGGAAGUGAGUCAUUCCGAAUACUGGGUAUCAAUUGGUUGCCCACUGGGGCCGCUAGCAGAUCUGUCGAUGCAGAUGGGAAGCUGAGGGAUGCUGGCGAUGAAAGUGUUAAUGAUCGGACUGUCCAGGGUCAAGGGCAGGUCGAUAACGACGAUCAUACCGACGAAGCCACUAGCGACGUCCCCAGGGAGACCUCCCGAGAUAAUCGCAAACAACAGCAACAAGACCAAGAGCGACAAGCCAUUCGUGAGGGUAUGGAAGCCGAACAGGGCGACUUUGUCAAUCUAGAAUUGGCAUUUGCCUAUCGUGCUCGCUCCUCAGGAAAGUCCAUUCAAGCAAAGGCCAAAAAUGCGCAUUUGUAUCUCAAGUUCUACUUGCCUGGUGGCAUUGCCGUACCCAUAUGGGUCGAGUUGCGUGGCAUUAUUGGCACCAUGCGACUGCGCUUACAACUCACACCUGAUCCGCCAUUUUUUAGUCUGUGCACAUUGACGUUCAUGGGACAACCACAGGCAGAUCUGAGCUGCGUCCCUCUCUCACGGCAUGCGCUGAAUAUCAUGGACAUACCCUUGAUCAGCUCCUUUGUGCAGAGUAGCAUUGAUGCAGCCUUGGCUGAGUAUGUCGCGCCGAAGAGUCUGACCCUCGACUUGAAGGACAUGUUAAUCGGAGACGACUUCAAAAAGGAUUCAGUGGCCAGGGGUGUGGUUAUGAUCUACAUCAAGUCUGCUCGCGGCUUCAAAGAAGGGGAUGGUGGCAUUGGUCCCUUGAGAGGAGCGAGUGAUGCUUAUGUGACGGUCAGUUGGGGCAAAUUUGGCAAGCCAGUCUCCAGCACCAGAGUGAUUAUUGAUGAUCAAGAGCCAAGCUGGCAUGAAUGGAGUCACAUUCUCGUCACCCCGGAAGAAUUGAAUGCAGAUGAAAAGCUAAGACUCCAGCUGUGGGACUCGGACAAGUACACGGCCGAUGACGACUUGGGAAGAGUGGAGGUUGACCUUCGUGAGCUGAUGCACGGUCCCAAGACAAAGAACCGGAUGAACGACCGCGAAGAUCGAUUUGUGGGAGAGGAUCCCGACGAGAAGAUGCCAGGAUCUUUACAAUGGAGCGUGGGGUACUUUGAAAAGACGAGGAUCACCGACGCACAGCUCAAGUCACAGACAGAAGACCGCAACAUAAAGACCAUUCGAGAUUUGAAGAAGCGGGUCAGCGACUCAGCGGAACAUAAACUGCGAGAAGCGACCGCCCAAGAUGAAGGUCGAGAACUUAGGCAACAAAAGCAAGAAGAUUACAAGGAUCUUGAAGAUGCACUGAUCAUAUCCGCUCCGCCGCCGGACGAGUAUCGAUCUGGUAUCUUCAGCAUCCAAAUACAUAACAUCACCGGACUGGAGGUAGAACGUCUUCAAAAAAGGGACAAAGAUCACAAGCAGGGAGACCGAGAAGAUGAAGCAGAACAAUCGAAUGAUCUGCCCAGCAGCUAUGCUUCAAUCAUUCUGAACCAUCAGAAGAUCUACCGUACUCGGACCAAGCCCAAGAACGCCAAACCUUUUUUCAAUGCCGGCACUGAACGUUUCAUUGCGGAUUGGAAGACUGCAGAAGUAAUGAUUUCGGUUCGCGAUGAUCGCGAACGUGAGGACGAUGCUUUGCUUGGGAUGAUCUACCUCCCUUUACGCCGGGUCUUCGAAACACGAAGCCAAGUCAUGGAGAGCUAUCCGCUUGUUGGGGGCAUCGGCUAUGGUAGGGCAAGAGUCAGCAUGGUCUGGAGAAGCGUGGAUCUUCAACUUCCCAAGGAAUUGAUUGGCUGGAACUAUGGUACCCUCGAGGUUUUGUGUCCUGUCCAAGGGAAAAGCCUUGAUCAUGGAAAUAGCGGCGAGGAGAGCUUCACGCGCAAUCGUAUCAAGAUAUGGACGAACCUGAUGCGAGCGAAGAUGCAACCGGGAACCAACGACCAUCAAGACGAUAUGGUGCGAUGGCGGCCAAAGCAUGAUCGCAAGUCGGUCUUUCUUGCCGUACGUAAACGAUACGCGACUCCUCUCGUUGUGGAAUUCCGAAAAUCAACGGUUGGACCCGAUUCAACCACAGCCUUUGGUGUAUUUUGGUUGAAGGACAUUCCUGACGAGGAGGAAACCACUGUCACGGUAAAGGUAUGGCGGGGAGGCAAGAAGAACUUCCACCGGGCAACCACAAGCUAUGGAUACGAUGGAAUUGAUGAAGGAGAGCAAGCGUUGGGUGAGAUUGAAUUAAGGUUGAAAUUUUGGCGAGGUUUGAGCGGAUAUCACAAAAGCUAUGCCAACAAAGGCAAGAACGGGGACGUGAGGAAUGUGAUGGAAGUGUUAGACACGGCCAACGACGAGGGAAUGGUUGAUGACAGCAGCAGCGAUGAUUCGGAAGUGGAUUCUGACUCUGACUCUGACUCUGACUCGGAAGCCGAUGGCAACUCUCACUCACCAAACGAUCCCAAUUCGAGCCCAAAGCCUUCACGGACUGACCCGAAAUCACAUCACAAGAAGCUUCGGCAUCACACCAAUGACUCGUCUUCGGACUCGGACUCGGAUACUGCAACAGGCACGAAAAGCAAUCCUACCAAAGUAGCCAAAACGCCCGUGUCUAAGACCAAAGACGCCAUUUUCGCUCUCGUCGACACGGACGGGCGUAAUCCUUCCGAAGACGGAGAACGAGGAGUUCGAGGUCAAAUUAAGGAUUAUAAAGACCAUCACAGACAGCUGCACCGAAAGCAUCGGGGAAUUAUGCAGUGGCAGGGAGCGAGGACUUUGGACUGGAUGAGAGGCAAGGUGAAGCGAGGCACACAUGGUGUGAAGGAUAUAUUUGAACACGAUGACGACAACAAGGCUGGUGGUCUUGAGACGGAAUUUUGAGAUGGCUUUUGAAAGUAUAUAUAAUCAACAGUAUUUAAUAG